AUGUCACACCCCUUACAAAAGUAUCCCUUGACCCAAACUCCAUCUCACAUCUACAUCAUGGCAUUGCGGCUCGGCAUAUUGGGCAACAUCCAGCCCUAUCUUCGGAUUCUAGCAUCUCUAGGAUCCCACUUCACUCCCAUCGCCAUCUACGAUCCAAACACAGAACCAACAUGCGCCAUCCCCAACGCGUCCAUCGAGGAAAUCCUCAAGAACCCUGAAAUCGACCUCAUCCUCAACCUUCUUCCAAACCAUGAAAAACACACCCUGGCAGCCCUCCAAUCCGGCAAACACGUCAUGGUUCAAGUCCCACUAUCAAUGAGCAUCCCAAGCCUACGACGAGUGCGCGACGCCAUCAAAAAGGGUAAAGAACACAACCCAUCCGGAUCAAAGGUCUUCAUCGGAUGUGCCCGCCGCCACGCCCCCGCAUUCCAAUUAUUCCAAUCUGAGCUCGCCGCCCUGGACAGGAUCUACUAUGCGCGCUGUCGCAAUAUCGCCGGACCCUCGACGCCACCUUUCGAACUAGAUCCUGAGACCUUGGUCGAUAUAUUCGGUGACGAUAUCACCUCGGAUCGAAUUGCCUUGGUUCGGUACCUGGGUACACUGGGUUGUCAUGAUAUGACGGUGAUGCGGGAGGCAUUGGGGUUCCCGAAUGCGGUGUCUAGCGUUGCGAUUACGGAUCCGUUUUACUCUGCUGUUUUUCACUACACGGAUGGCAAGGGACAUCCGUUUACGUUGCUUUAUGAAGCCGGUGUGGAUGGGGUGCCGCGAAGUGAUGCGCAUCUAAUGGUUUAUGGUGCUGAGAAGACAGUGAGUCUGCAGUAUGACUUCCCGCGGGCUGGGGAUGGAACGGGCAGUUUCGUGAGGGUCGUCGUUGAAGAGGGUGGGGAGGCGGGAGGCGUGAAGCGGACUGAGAUGAUGAGUUCCUGCGAGGAAGCUUAUGAGCGCGAGUUUAUGGCGUUGCAUGCGCAUAUUUCUGGGUCUGAGACUGGCGAGGAGGCCGUGGUGGAUUUGAGGCUUUUGCUGAUGAUCUUUGAGCAAUACAAUCGGCAGUGCGGAACUAUCAGGGCACCGCUGUGA